AUGGGAGCUCGGCAGCAGGUGCUGGGGGAACACAGACACCCCUUUGUGCUCGGGAGCGGUGGAUUGGCAAACCUGGUGGACCUUCAAAAAAAGCUCGAGGAACUGGAGCUGGACAAGCAGCAGAAGAAGCGCCUGGAAGCUUUCCUCACGCAGAAAGCCAAAGUGGGCGAGCUGAAGGACGAUGACUUUGAGAGGAUCUCCGAACUGGGGGCUGGCAAUGGCGGUGUGGUCACCAAAGUGCAGCACAAACCCUCAGGGCUCGUUAUGGCACGGAAGCUGAUUCAUUUAGAAAUCAAACCGGCCAUCAGGAAUCGGAUUAUCCGAGAGCUGCAGGUGCUGCAUGAGUGUAAUUCCCCAUAUAUCGUGGGUUUCUAUGGAGCCUUCUACAGCGACGGAGAGAUCUCCAUCUGCAUGGAGCACAUGGAUGGUGGCUCUCUGGAUCAGGUGUUGAAAGAAGCCAAAAGAAUUCCCGAGGAGAUCUUGGGGAAAGUCAGUAUAGCGGUUCUGAGAGGCUUGGCAUAUCUGAGAGAGAAGCACCAAAUCAUGCACAGAGAUGUGAAGCCUUCUAACAUCCUGGUUAACUCUCGAGGAGAGAUUAAGCUGUGUGAUUUCGGGGUCAGCGGUCAACUCAUUGACUCCAUGGCAAACUCUUUUGUGGGAACUCGGUCCUACAUGUCUCCCGAGCGGUUGCAGGGCACCCACUACUCGGUCCAGUCCGACAUCUGGAGCAUGGGUCUGUCGUUAGUGGAGCUGUCUAUCGGAAGGUACCCAAUCCCCCCGCCAGACUCCAAGGAACUGGAAGCAAUAUUUGGCCGUCCUGUGGUGGACGGGGCAGAGGGAGAGUCUCACAGCAUCUCGCCGCGGGCCAGGCCCCCAGGACGCCCCGUCAGUGGCCAUGGGAUGGACAGCCGGCCUGCGAUGGCCAUCUUUGAACUGCUGGAUUAUAUAGUUAAUGAGCCACCUCCCAAGCUGCCGAACGGAGUCUUCACGCAAGAUUUCCAGGAGUUUGUAAAUAAAUGCUUAAUUAAAAAUCCAGCGGAACGGGCAGAUCUGAAGAUGCUGAUGAGUCACACCUUCAUCAAACGCUCCGAAGUGGAGGAGGUGGAUUUCGCCGGCUGGCUGUGCAAAACGCUGCGGUUGAACCAGCCCAGCACGCCCACCCGCGCUGCCAUGUGAGGGCGACCGCCUGGUGUCAGUACCUCUGCCUCUGUCACCAUUUCCUCUCCUUCAGUAAAUGACAGAACUGC